AUGUGUUCGUCACUUUGUGGAAAAUGGCAGUUGGAUGACUGGGUACUUUGUCGAGUAUGGCGAAAAACAGGCGCCCCAUGUCCAUUAUCGGAAGAUAGAAAUGGCCUAAUUAGUAGAGAACCAGCUCAGGCUUGUACAAGAUUGGGGAAGCAAUGCUCGAAGAAACUAGGAGAAGAACGAACGGUAACGUUGAGCGAUUUUCCAACCCUACCAUUUCUAAUGGAUUUCCAGAACCCGUGCUCGAAUAUUAAUGUUGCUGAUGUAUCUUCUUUGAGAUUUGAGGACAAGAAGAUUUCUACAGAUAACCCUGGCAUGUACAGCGCCGCCGCGGUAUCUAACAUAAGUUUUGAAGGGAUAAAGGCAACUUCGUCGGUUUGCGAAGAUAACUUCAACAUAGAAGAUUAUCAUGGUUUGAUUGAGAUGACGAGGACAUUAGUUUCGAACACUUCAACAACAAUAGAUGGAAACAGCCAAGACAUUGGUGUCGGAAACAUCUACAAGAAGAAUCCAGUUGGCCCCGAAGAAGUGGAAAAGGAUAGUAAGAGUAGUAUUGUUGUUGUUGUUCCACAGCAGUCUGAAAGCAACGAUACCAAUGGCGCCGUCUCUUGCAGUACAAGACAAGUGGACAAGAAUGAUUCCAUCUCCCCUUUGGAUCAAUUGCUCAUGUCUCCAGAUUUAUACAGUUGGACUUGGGCAUUUCCAUGA